ACUUUUUUUUUUUCUUUAUCGUCAAUGACUUUCAAAGAAUUGUGUCUUUGUAGAGCUAUUGUAAUAUUUAGGAAGACUAUCAGUGUUUCUAUGUCUUCUCUGUAGACAGUAUGUUGUAGGUCUGGCAAUGAGAUAGACAAGAGUAAUUCGUUUGUGGUUCUUAAUGUGAUCUAAACAUUGCGAUAAGUAUUAUAUAGAUACGAGACUCUGGUUCCUGAUAUAGACUGCUCUAUUCACACUUGUUCUAAUAGGAUAUGGUGAUAGUUGAGCAGGUUUUGCGGGCAGUUGGAGCGAGGCCGAUCAUUAAGUAGGCUUGAAUGUCAGACCUGAGACGUGGCAACUAGGCAUUGAUCUCCACGGCCCACAACGAGCUAUUGGUUCCCACGGCCCACAGGCUGUGACGUCUCAGGCCGGUCAGUGUUAAAGCCUACUAUAAGAGUUCGCCCAAUAGACUCCAAGUUUUGGGUGUGUUCUUUUGUUCAAUAAUGUGCCAAAACGGUACUGAAGGAGCUAUGCAGCUAUAGGUUGGUGGGAAAUACGAACCAUGGAACUUGAUCAAAGUGAGACACAUUAUUCGUUUGGAUAGACAGAUAAGAUAUUUAAAAACACCACUAUGUCUAACAAAAGGGGACACGACUCUGGAUAUGAAGAUGAACAGAAUGAUGUGCACAUAUUGUGCCAGAAAAGUUCUCUUGGAGAGAUCAUUACGUUUUUACAGUCUAGUCCUCGUGGAUCCAGAUUACAUUGGUAUUAUGAUGGAGAAACAGCUUUACACGCAACUGUUUUAAGCGGAAGGAAAGAUGUGUGCGAGGUGAUGAGUAUACUGCUAGACCACGGAGCGGACAUAAACGCCCAGACGGUUGUGGAAGGAAACACGGCUUUACACCUUGUUAUUUUGCAUGGAGUUUUUCCACGAGAUGUCGACACGAUAGUGUUCUUCUUGGAGAGGAAAGCAGAUUUGAAUAUCAGAAAUAAGAAACUCAGAACACCUUAUGAUUGUGCAAUAGCCAAUGGUCACUAUGAACUUGCUGGAAUUGUAAAUGGUACUGUCCCACCAGAUAAGGCCAAAGAACUUUAUCUUCAGAAGUGUAGGAGUAAAUAUGGGCCUGAAAUAAUUCAAGCUAUACUCGAAAGUAAUGGGACAAAACUGAAGCACUGCUUAGAACUUGGUGGUGACCCUAAUGUACUGAAUAAGCAUGGAGCAGGUGCCAUUCAUUACACAGUGACUCACUGUAAACUACCGGUGUAUGAUACUUUACUGUUGCUGUUAGAAUCAGGAGCAGACGCCAAUUUGAAAGAUGAGGAAGGAGAUAGUGCAUUGAAUCUAGUCAUCAAGAACACCAAGUUAAGAAACAGUGGCGUCAUGGUCCAGUGUGCUCAGCUGUUGAUUGAUUGGGGUGCUCUGGCAGAAAGUAGGGAUGUGGAUGGAAAGAAUGCCCAUGAUCUUGCCUUGGAGAAAAACUAUACAGAUGUAGCAGCUGUUCUGAAGAAAAAGCCUAGAAAAAUCAGCCAAAACAAAGCUGAAAGAAAGAAAAAUGUAGUAUUUAAAGAAAUAAACUCAGAACACGAGUUUAUCCCUACACCUACACCUGAUAUUCCCAUAGAGAAGUCACCAAGCCCUGAGUUGCCAGAGCUACCAGAGCAGGAACCAGAACCUAUUCCAGUGCCGGCACCAGUGAAAGAUGAGCCUAAGCCGGAGCCUCUCAAGUCCCUCCCUGAAGUCACUCUGUUGGAAGAUGAAAAUGAAAGACACAAAGAGAUUAAAAGUUUACUAGACAAGGGAGUUGAUAUCAACCAAAGACAGGAGUCUACGGGGAACACUGCCCUACAUAUAUGCGCAGAGAGGAACUAUGGGAGUACUGCCCAGCUCUUACUAGACCACAAUAUUGAUUCUAAACUAGUGAACAAAAAAGGUCAAACAGCUUACGUUGUGGCCAGAAUGAACAAAAGCACGCCCGUGAUGAAAGCAAUAUUUGACAAACAAAAGAAAGAUCACUCUUCAGCCCAAGACUCUUCAGCUUGCAUCAUUUUAUGACAUUUUCAAACUAUGUAAAUAAUAUUAAUUAAUCUUAGGACUAAAAGACAAGCCUUAUUAUUAUUAGAUAAGGGGGUGGGUGGGGAUUGUUUCAUUUUGAUAAUGGCAAUCAGUAAGAACAAAAAAUAAGAUAAAAACUUGUUAUAGUGUGUUAUAGGGAAAAAAAAAUAAAGAUAAUAUAAAAACCUACAUUGUUAUAAUAUAACUAGCUGUUACUAAAAUUCUCAUGUACUAGUUGUAAAUAGCUGUAAUCAAUUAUUGCUUUGUAAGUUACCUUAUUUCUAAAUAAGAUUGGGUUUUGUGUUUUCAGUUCACAUUUAUACAAUUUGAAGACAGUGAAACGCAUAUUCAAAAACUUUAUCAGCUUGUAUUGAAGUGUUGUUUUUAUUUCAUUACAGUUUCACAAUUUUUAGUUCAGAUCUCAGAAUAUUUCUAUUUCAAUGUUUAACUUUGUUCUAUUUAGUUAGUUAUGAGAUUGUGUUUCUUAAGAACAACAUGUUGUUGUAAAUAUGAAGUUAAACCUCAUUUGCAGGUCUUACUGUAAUAAAGGCGUGUUUUGACAUAGAA